AAUUCGUCUUUUGUUAUGCUGUCGUUCAGUGAGAGGUUGUGGGUACCGAUGAAGCUGGAGAAUUAGUGUGGUAGUAGAACUAUUGACGUGUAUCGUUGACAGCGAAGGGCGAGGCCAGAGGUCGUAAAUAGGGGAUAGAUGUUCACAGCAAAUAGGUAAUUUUCUAAAAUAAUGGUGCAUAUAGCACAGUUCCUCAUUUAUAUGGUAUUGUGAUCUAAAGAAACAAAUAAGAUGGCAGCACCGAGCUUCCAAGGCCGGCACAUGCGGCAGCCUAGCAAAAACACACUUCUUAAAGUGGUCAUACUUGGCGAUGGUGGCGUUGGUAAAUCAUGCCUCAUGAAUCGUUUUGUUAGCAAUCAUUUCGAUGAACACUCAUUCCACACCAUCGGAGUGGAAUUUCUGAACAAAGAUAUUGAGAUAAAUGGAGAAAUGUACACUCUUCAGAUUUGGGACACAGCUGGACAGGAGAGAUUCAAAAGCCUUCGCACUCCGUUCUAUCGAGGGUCAGACAUCUGUCUGCUAACUUACGCAAUCGAUGACCGUACCAGUUUUCGUAACCUCGCUUUGUGGAGGAAUGAAUUUCUGUAUUAUGCCGAUGUAAAAGAGGGUACAACGUUUCCAUUUCUAGUCGUGGGUAACAAAGUGGACGUCGAGAGUGAGGAGCGUGAGGUGUCAUGUGAGGAAGCUCGAGCCUGGUGCAUGGAGAACGGGAACCCUCCCCACGUAGAGACGAGUGCCAAAGAUGCAACCAACGUGGAAGAAGCCUUCUCGUUGGCUGUGGAGAGUUGGGCACAGCUAGAAGCCAAAUUGGACCGACCUUAUAUUGGUGACACGGUCGAUCUGCAGCGACAGCAGCCGGAGCAGAGGUCGUCCUGCUGCCUUUCUGUCGGUAGUAAUACUGAAUAGUGGUCACGUGACUGAUAUACGUCUUUAAGAGAUUAAUCAUAGAUGUUUAUCGCAGUUUCAGAUGCAUUCGCAGUGAUAUUACAAAAAAUGUGCAUGUGAGCUUUGCUUCACCAUGCUUGUCUGUCUGUCUACUUGUAACAACUUCAGAACUGCUGAGUGGAUUAUUUUGAAUUUUGAUAUUGGGGAAUUUUACUGAAGUCUCUUGAAACAUUCCAAUUUUGUCGGAAACUGCGACAGUGGUGGAUCCUUCACAUGAAGAUAUAGGUACACUUUACGUUCAUCUCAAGCACAGCCCACUAUAUAUUUAAAAGUUGUGGAGACACGUGAAACAUUAUUGGGCCCAACAUAUUUAGAUAUUGUCUUCAAGAUAAUUAAAGUAUUUUAAGUAUUAUAAGGAUUUUUGUGCCGUGUCGUAACGUGAGAACCAUUUGACUGAUUUUCAUCAAGUUUUAUAUUGCAGGAGCUUGAUCAGCCACGCCACUUCUUUUAUGUUGUUCAUGAGACAGCUUCGAAAGUACUGGCAAGGUAAACAACGUUAUUACAUACAGUAUGCAUACAUUUCCUAACUUGUUACAUUUGAGGCAGCUAGACCCUCUUGAUGUCUGAGAAUUGCGUCACUUGAUGGUUAUGGAUGCUUGUUCUAAUGGAUUGGUCGCCUUGCACAGUUGCGUCUCAAAAUAACGUUGUACUCUUAAUAGUAGAUAGUCAGAAGUGUAUUUUCAGUGACAUUCUUAAUUAAUGCAUUUGAAAGUCAGUAGAAAUUGACCGGGUAAGACGCACCUCUUACCGA